AUGAAAAAUAAGAGAUCUAAAAGUACACACGGAUGUGUAUGCUGUCGCAAACGCAAGGUGAAAUGCUCCGAAACGCUGCCGGAGUGUGCGCAAUGCGUUCGGAAUUCGUAUAUCUGUGUCUGGGCAGAAGGAGUGGUGCCGAAGUCCUCCCUGAACGAGUUCCAGCUCCAGAAAAAACAAACCAGCCCGUUUGUGUUUGUGUAUGGGAACAAACGUCAGAAACGAGAAAUACAGAGUGCCAAGCGUACAGAAAAUGAAACAGUCUCCAUCAAGUCCGUCGACCGCGUACGUCGCCAGGACCAGCUCGAUGACGCCAUUUUCCGCAAAUAUGUUGCGAGCUUGUGCUCACAAAGCGCUCUACUUGGUUUCGGUCUGGGUUUUCCAGGGCUCUUCUCCCCAAAAGACGCAUAUAUUUACGACGCGUUUGUCAACGGGUUUAUGGUUGCGGUGUCCACCCAGCUCACGCACGAAAGACUGCAACCUGGAGCUGUUUUCAUUCCUCACGGAGCAGCAAAUCCGUGGCUUUUGGACGUUUUUUAUGCCUGCGGGGCAGCUUUUCUGGCAGCCAACCGUAAAGACAUGCGUGAGCUGGCCGAAUCCAGAAUGGCAAAGGUUAUGGGCCAAUUCCAGCAAAUCGUAGUCAGGUCUUCUUUCGAUAGCGACAACAAGUGGCUCGUUGUUGCUCUUUUGUCGCUUGCGCUGCGAGAAAAGUUCUACGGUCUUGACGGCCAUCGCACUGUGCUGUUUUUGAAAAUGGUUUUCCAGCUCAUCCGCAACUGGCCAAAAACACGGUUGGCAAAUUCGAGACACUCAGAGGGCCUCCCUGAAGACAUUCGGUCUGUUGUUUGUGAACAGACCUGGCUUCUCACGCCAAUUGAGCGCACCUUGGUGGAGAGUUAUGCGUACAACUACUCUAUUAUUGGAUUAGUUCUGGAUCAGAAAUCUCAGAUCUUGCUGGACUCGCCCUUUGAAGUAUUUGAAGAGCUCCAGCCGCUGCUGGACCAGCAGCUCUACAAGUGCCCUGCUCCUUGGAUGAACAACCCGGUUAUGGGAGCCGCUCUUCCAGCGUUCGAGUUGGCAUCAAAGGCCGGGUGGUUGCAACUGCACUAUCCGUUUGACGAAAGUCUGAGACACCAGGCAAUCGCGUUACUUCGGCAUGCUAAGUACUUUGUUCCUCCUGUACUGCCCCCUGAAGUGCGGUUCAACCAGCCCAAACACGUCUGCAAGCGACUCUUGGAUAGCUGUCAUGCCGCGCGCAUAGUGGCCCAAGGAGCGUACAUUCUUCUCUACAAGCUACUCUAUCCUGAGACUUUAGAGAUGGAGAGUGAUAUCCAGCGCCGCAUAAGCGAUUUUAUCAGCGAUCUGGAGCAGCUGAGCUUCCACUCAAGCAUAUCAGCAAUUUUAACGUGGCCAUUUUCCAUCAUUGGCACGGCCAUUGUGGAAAAAGACCAGCGUGAUUAUAUGCUUUGGCGACUGCACAACUUUGGCUGUGCAAUCAAGAACUCGUGCUUCGACAUCAUCAUCGAGUUUUUGAACCGCAUUUGGAAAAGCGGUCUGGGUUGGCAGGCCCUACUUGACAAAACUAAUUUUGACAAUUUAUUUAUUUGA